UUCUGAAGGAUAAUACACAUUUCUGUUAUAAAAUAUAACUGGAUAGUACCAUAACCAGAAUAAUCAACCCACGUACCGUCUAUAUCUUCCUCUCGAAAAUAACGAGCCUACAAUGGAAAGCAAUUAUAUAUGAAUCUGAUAUUUUCAUAGGAAACAAGGGAGGAAAAUGCAGAAAAACAAAAAGCGAGUCGCUCAGUCAAUGGAAUUAUCACCACCAGCGUGGCCAUCAUCACCAGGAAAGAAAAAAGGAGAAGAUAGGAUGUUUUAUGAACUAAACGUCACUUAGUUAUGAAAGAGGUGACAAGAUUGGGGGGUUAAAUAAGCCACCUGGAGGGGUCUUUCACGGAGGGGCCCCUUCUCCGCCAAACAACCCCACUUCGACGGUAUCACAUCGCUAGUUUUCUUGCAUUUACCUCCGUCUACGGAUGGGGCUAAACCUUCUGUAAACAUGAACAAGAAAGAUUCUAAAUUCAUGGAGCCAAAAGGUACACAGAGUCUUCUUAAACAACUACAAUUGAUUUGAACGAAUGCUGUAUAAAUAUGCAAGGAAGUAUUUAAAAAAAAAAGCUGCUAUAUAAACGAAGGAAUUAAUGAAACGCAGCUUUCCUUUGACCGACGGCUAAGGUCAAGUUACAGGAAGGUGGGAGUUCGGGAUAGGACGAGCAAGGAGGGGUGACAGGAUGGUCGGGUUGGUGGUAUAGCGUGCCACUAUUGGAAAGCGUUGGUCCGCGUCCAGACAUGGAAGGGAUCCUUCGAAUGGAAAGAGAACGCGCUAUCAGGGAGAGAGGUAGAGCACGUUAAGCGGUCGUUGCUGUGUGACACGCGUGUGGGUGCCCUGUGUGUAGUUGGUGCGUGGUGCGACAGGAUGCGGUACAAUGACCGUAAAUGAGUAAUCGACGACCCUGCCAGAACCGGUCGGAAGGACGAGGAUCCUGGCAGAAAGGACGCCCGUGGCAGGACUCUCGAGCCGCUGUGCAUAGGAGGCGCAUCGAUCGAUCGUGAGGACGAAAGAAGAGUCGAUCAACGAAGGUAGCUAGGACCUGGUGAAGAAAUAAAAAGAAAGGAAAGGUUGAAAGCGAAGGAGGGUCGAAAGGUUGAGCGACCUACGAAGAAGAGAAAGAGGACGUGGCGGAAGCACGUUCGUUGGAGGAGGAAGAGGAAGAUAAGGAAGAAGGAGAGGGUGGAGGAAAGAAAAAGAGAGAUGAGCCUGGCGGGUGACUCGCAAAGUGUGGUGGUCGGUUGUUCGACGAAAGGCAGAUAGCGCCAUUAGUUGUUGCUGGGCCGAAGAACAUCGAGCCGAUGCGUGCUACGGCCCUGACCGUCGACGAAGAAGGGGAAGAGGAGGAGGAGGAGGAGGAGGCGGAUAAGGGUAGCAUAGGGCACAACGGGGUCCAAAGGGCCGCGAUGUACCCCUUGAAGCUGACCAAACCUCAUCCCCGACUCGGAACUAGCCUGAUUUUCUUCGCGGUAUUCAAUUUUCUUUUAAUCGCAGCCAUCGCCUCGCCUCUUCAUCCCGCGCCACCUCAUGCAGGUAUCACACAUGCCUCGUACAUCGGUUAUUAUGAGGUAGCCUCUUAUGAUACCGCAGCCUUGAGACAACAUCGUAACCGGAUGCGUCGCGAUCUAUCCGACGUGGUCGACAAUCAACCUCUGCUGCUGCACCUGAAAGCACUGGACAGACAAUGGACGCUUCGCUUAAUUCGAGACAAGAGCUUGUUCAGCAACGAUGCAACGUUCGAGAGUACCACAGGACCCAUCGACUUCGAUCCAUCGCAUUCCUACAUGGGCACUGUGUUAGAGGACGAGAACGCGGUUGUGCAGGGUAUCGUGACAGAGGAUGGCCUUUUCGACGGCACCGUGGUCACCAGAUUCGAAGAAUACUACAUCGAGCCUACGAACAGAUACCUGGACAAACAAGAAGACACCUCGCCAGCCUAUCACAGCAUCGCUUAUCGCGCCUCGGACGUUCUGACUCCGCGACAUAUCAUCCCAUGUGCCAGUCAUCAGCUGCAUCGAGAAACUCUUCGCGAUUUCACCGAAAGGAGGAACAGUUUCGAGAACGAUUCCCGAACGUAUUACGAACCGUUGCUCGGCGAGAAGCUCGCUCUCUACUCGAAGGAAAACAGUGCAAGGGUUUUAACAUCGGAGAGAGAUAAGAACGUGGCACGUACAGAUACAACGAACGACGGUGAUCGUAUCGCGAGGCAUUUACAUAAACGAGCAACGGUGGAUCCACGGAAAACUACGUGUAUGCUGUACCUGCAAGCUGAUCAUCAAUUUUUCGCGCGAUACGGCACGGAGGAAGCUUGCAUCGAGGUGAUGACGAGACACGUGCAAAGGGUCAACUCGAUUUACAAGCACACCGAUUUCAAUCAGGAUGGAAGGCCGGACAACAUCAGUUUCAUGAUAAAACGCGUGAAAGUUCACAGCGAGGAUGCGUUGAGGGAUCCGAAUUAUCGAUUCCCAGGGAAUUACGGCGUGGAAAAGUAUCUGGAACUGUUCUCUGAAGAGGAUUACGACGCGUUCUGCUUAGCUUACAUGUUCACGUAUCGGGACUUUGAGAUGGGAACACUGGGACUAGCCUGGACUGGUGACUUGAAAAAUGCUGGCGGAGUUUGUGAAAAGAAUGGACACUAUCGCGGCAGCAUGAAGUCGUUGAACACCGGAAUAGUGACUUUAUUGAAUUACGGCAAGCACGUACCACCUGCAGUCUCCCACGUCACUCUGGCCCAUGAGAUUGGUCACAACUUUGGUUCACCGCACGAUCCGGAACAAUGCACGCCCGGUGGAGAGGAUGGAAACUUCAUUAUGUUCGCUCGUGCUACUAGCGGCGACAAGCGUAACAAUAAUCGUUUCAGCCCGUGCAGCUUGAACGCUAUAAAUCCAGUUUUGAAUAGCAAAGCUCGAUCGCCCAAGGGAUGUUUUACUGAGCCACAAGUGUCAUUGUGCGGGAACGGUGUCAUCGAGGAGGGUGAAGAAUGCGACUGCGGUUGGGAGGAAGAUUGUAGAGAUUCUUGUUGCUUUCCUCAACGUCGUUAUCCACCACCUGGUGAAACCCCCUGCACACUUACGCCAGGAUCAGUUUGCAGUCCUAGUCAAGGUCCAUGCUGUACUUCCGAGUGUAACUUAAGGUUCGGAGACAAAUGCAGAGAUGACAAUGGUUGUCGCGACGCGAGCUUCUGCGAUGGUCGGUCACCCUACUGCCCUCCUUCCAUCAACAAACCUAACAAGACAAUCUGUAAUCGCGAAUUUGUGUGUUUUAUGGGAGAAUGUACAGGUAGUAUCUGUCUUGCGUACGGAUUAGAAUCUUGUCAGUGCAUACCAGGACCAAACGAUCCGCCAACGAAAGCUUGCGAACUUUGUUGCCGUCUUCCUGGAGAAAAUCAGCCUUGUUUAUCAUCUUUCGAUUGGAAUUCUCCACCUUAUGAUAUACCAGCCAUGUUCUCAAAGCCAGGAACACCGUGCAAUGAUUACAAUGGAUACUGUGAUGUCUUCCAGAAGUGUCGAGAGGUCGAUCCAAGUGGUCCUUUAGCAACUUUGAGAAAGCUUCUAUUGUCGGACGAAAGCCUUGCCAAUUUUCGUCGUUGGAUAGUUAAUCACUGGUACGCAGCUGCUUUGAUCAUUCUGGCUGCAAUAUCACUACUGGUGGUGAGCAUGAGACUGCUGGGCAAACGUCCGGAUCCGAAGCUCAAGUCGGUCACGAUAAUACACAGCUCGACGACGGAAACUGUGCGCCUUCCGCCGGAGGGGACAGAGGGUGUCACGGUACACCCACCAGCGGUUCGUGCAAAACUUCCGCUCAGCAGAAAAGUGAGAGAGAAGAGGAGACAUCGAAAGCCUAAGGAUGCUCACGCCAACGCGGCUGAUAAGUCCAGCAAGGAUGCGUCGAAGAAAAAGAAACAGCCGCAGCCACAGGCAAAGAGGGCAUCCGCGAAUCCCAGCGAAGACUUCACCAGAAAGAGAUCGGCAGACGGUACGACAGCAGUGACGCAAGAUAAUAAGCGGAAGAAAACUUUCGCGGUUCGGGACAAGCAAAAUUCCAGCAGCAACGCAGCCAACAGUUCGGAUAAUGAAAAAAGGAAACGUAAGAAGCAACACAAGAAGGAAGUGAUCGACUACUCGGCCAUCCAGACCGAGAAAGAAUCCGAACCAAAUGCUGAUCCUAAAAGCAAAGUUCGUUCCUGGCUACUGGCGUCGUCGCAUUGUCGACCAGAAGCGACUAGGACGAACGCGUCUGGUUUGCCAAAAAGUAAAUCAACUCCCGUAGGUCUGACUAGCGCCGGGACUAGGUUACCUGCAGCCAGGCAGGUGGUCUCGAGAAGGCCGACCGAAUCCAGAGAUCCGAAACUCCCAGCCAAUACCGCUGCACGCAAAGAGCGAGCGAAACUGCAAGUGAUUUAUAAACCGCCGUUUAAAUUCAGCGUGAAACUCCGCAAGUCGGACAAAGUGGCUCAGGUGCCUGCCCUGGUGACAAACGCGAGCAGCAGACCAAAGCUUCCAAGGACAGGCGUUCUCCUGAGAACGGUGAAGAAGAAGGACAGAGUCAGAAUAGGCAGGGCCAGACAAAUAGCGCCUACAGGGAUCGGAAACGGUGCGGGUGAUUUACCUGAACCGGCCAAUUCUGACCUCCACACUGUUCCUUCUGACUUGGAGGUGCUGCUAUCCGAGAGCGAGUUCCUCUUUUCGGAUACGUGACCACAGUGAGCGAAAGACGAUUUAUUGAAUCUAUUUAGAGAAAUCUUUGUAACAGGAGGAAACUUGAAUGGAUAGGAAAGAACGAAUUUGGUGCACCGAGAAAUCCCGUCCAACGAACUACGAGUGGACAUUUCGUAUGCCAUCCUCUGGUUCGAUCUCCGUUUCGCUAAAAACAAGUACAACAAUUACGUUCGAUUAGAAUAUAAAAUCAAAAUAGGAAUCAUCUUGUCGUUGGCGAAACUGUAGGUGAACGAACCAGGUCCGUUUUAUCGCGUUAGAUUUUAAUGGCUGCUGGACGUGUUUUCUUAAAGCGGAACCCCGAACGAGCUUCUUUCGUUCUAGCUGAAAUGUAUUUUUUUAAGAAUAAGUACGCACGACGAGAAGCAGGCAAUACACACGCGUCCUGUACGCUUUUCGCUGUUUUUCCCCCCACGUCUUCCUAGUUAUAAGACGACGUUCAUCUCCGUGAAUCUUUCGUGAUCGAUAAUUGUGAUUGAUCGAUUGAAAGGACAUUAUACGCGUUUUAAUGGAAGUGCUAGUUGAACGAUCCAAGCCAAGUUUUCUUCUUCCAAAGAAAAGGGGCCAAAUUAUAUUCAUCCUUUUUAAAAAGGACUUACUCUGCAAUCGUGUGUGCAUAGAAGGCAGAAGAGAUUCGAAUUUUAACAAGGAUCUGCUUUAGCCUUGAACUUUCCUUUCGCCGAAGGUCGAUUUUUAUUAGUUCGUUUGCGAUCGCAGGGCUUCAACGUUCAGGGAUCAGCGUUCGAUCGAGCCGAAUAGCGAAUUUUAAUAGGUGAUCUAUCGACGUAUUUUCAAGAGGAUAAGAGAUACUUAAACUAUUUACUAUUAUCGUGCCUAUCGUACACCGCUGCUCGAAACUUGGGGAAAAGGGAUCUCGCGGUCGGAAGAGAACUUUCGUUUUACUUUUUUCUUUUUUAAGUUUUCCUUGGCUACACGAUAGUUGUCGGAAGAGCAGCAAGUUCGCAGGCAGCUUAACGUCGAAUACCGAAUGAUAUUGAUCCUUAAGAAGAACAAGAAUAUUUUUUAAGAACGUAGAAAUAAGUUCGAAUGAUCGUCUGCCAAGCAUUUUCUCAAUAUUUCAUCGGCUGCACUUGCUGUUCAUCAGACAUACUAUUCUCAUGGUUCCUAUUUCCGGCAACUCCUAAUCGCGGUGUAAACCUUGCCGGAUUAUUUGCAUUUCCAAUGCGUAAAGUGAUGACAAACUCGUCGAGCUAUUUAUAUUUUUGAGACUGUAUGAAAGAUACGAGACUUAACGACACGCAUUCCGCUAAGUUUUCCACGAGUUCCAUUCCAUUUCUUCGCUUAACUGUUGAAAAUGAUCGAAGCAUAAUGCGAAAUAGAUUGAUAAAAUCGUCUAUCAUUACCGUGCGGUGCUAUUAGUCCAUGUAACUUAAACGUUGCAAUCAUUUUAACCCUUUCGCCUUAUUGAAUUUAGAUUCUAAUAAAACUUCACCUUUGUCGCGUUAUUCCACUAAGAAAACCGCUAAGGCAUAGGGUUAAAUUCUAUUCAUGUCCAAUCGAAUUUAAGUUCCUUUCGUUCGCAGAUCACGCGUCCAAUCUACUCUUAUCCUUUGCUGAAAUUAAUGCUUCGAAAUUAUUCUAGUACUCGAGCUGAUCUGGGUAGCUCUUAUUCACUUAAUCGCUCUUUAAAGAUCGAAUUGGUCGUAGGUAGCAUUGAAUCAGUUAGCUCAUCAAUUUCACCCAAGAAAAAGAGACACGUACUUAAAGACUUGCGAGAAUUAUAUCUGUUAAAGACAAAUACUUGUACGCGAAAAACAAGAAAUGUUUCAACGGGUUUUGAAAAUUCAUAAUCAAAUUUGUUCAUCCAUGGUGGGACUUAACGUUAAGCGAUAGAGGUGGGCAAAUCUAUCCUCCGACAUUAAUAAUUAUAAGAAUGCUGCGAUAAAUACUGCCAUAAUGUAUUCUAUGCGAUUUCUUUCAAUAAUAUCAACUCUAUCAGAUGAAAUGUGAAACUCCAUUUAAGAAUACUUUGUUUCAAACUAAUAAUCUAAUGCUUCGUUUGCCCACUUCUAAAUAAAAUUAGAGCUGCGAGUAACUGAAAAGAAAAAUAUCGCUUGUGUGUAUACAUACCUGGCGUACGUGUACUUAAAUCAUAAGGAUAUGUGAUUUUACUUUUACAUGAGUUUAUAUAUGUAUAUAUACAUACACACGUUUAGCAAACACGUGCCGAAUGAAUGGUCAGUUCUCUUCGUGACUGGAAAUUCCAUUGAUCAAUCGACUGUUCAAUUCGACCGUGGCUGAUAUUUGAUUAACCCAUUGGCCUAAUACCAUGUAAGCGAUUAGUUAGGAGACAAGAAUUUAUUUGAAUAAGCAUUAAUUAACAUUCGUCGAGCGAAAAGAAAAGAAAGUUGACUGCAACUUUUUUGCUUCGUUUUGCUCGAGAAAAGCUGCCGCGUUAAUUAAACAACAGCGAGUCAAUGUAGGCAAAUGGGUUGUCUAAGAAAAAUGUGAUUUUACUUUUAAGACCAAUCUGUGUUAAAUUCGUGAACUUCACCGGUUCUGAACCAGUAGUGGCCAUGUCGCCUGAUUCUCUCGUUCUUUAUAUCCCUUGAUGUUUUACGAUUUUUCAAUUGCAAAAACGAGCUGUAGGUCAGAGCCGUAACAUCGAACAGGAAAUUUCGAUGAGUGAAGAUACAUAGAUUCAAUAGAUUUAAGGUAUUAGAUAGUAUUGAACUGGUAGCAUAUCCAUGUUGAAGUUUACGAUCAUAUUCCUCGAAAGGAAACGACAAAACGAUUUUUCUACGAUCUCAGGAAUGUUCGUUUUACGAAUUAAUUUUCAGAGUGUCAUCGUUUCCCCUCACGUAAUGUUUUUUAAUUAAUAGUUACUAAUUUACUUGUUGUCGUUACGAUACGAUUGAUUGAUUAGUCUAUAAGCGACUAUGGCAACUGUCUGUCAACCGAGAAAAACUAACGUUCAUACUUAUAGUCAUUCCUAACACUCGGGUGCUCCUUGUAUCGCUACUUCAACCCCUUCUAUUUUUCUUUUCGUUUUUUAAAUUCGUUUAACAAAGAAAGAGCGUGUUUAGCAACAAUGCUGUCGUGUGAAUUCGUGUGAGCAGGAAGGGGUGAAGGGGUGAAGGGGUGGAAAAAGAAGAUCCCUCGAGGGCUUUAUUUGCCUCGACUGGCAAGAAAAAUUCGACAGGUAGAACUAGUUGACCAGUUGUUCCCGUCCGAUUUUUCAAUGUUGGAAUACUAACGAGGCGAGACUGUUAAUUUAUCACGUACUUAUAUCCGAUAUAAGAUGGGGCUGCUGUAUUUUUACACGGACUUUGUAUAAAUAACGAGAGCCACGAGAGCAAUGUCUUUCGCGAAUCAUUGUAUAUAUCUGUAUACCAAUAAAUAGACGUAGAAAUAAUCCU